AUGGACGCAACUACGGCUUCAGGCCUCCCACCCAACGUGGUCAUCUUCUCUCCCCAAAACUCUCCAUCCGUCAAGUCGCUCCUCGAAGCAGGCCUUUUCACCCGCCUCGUUACCAGCGCAAGCACAACACCUGAGAAACUCGCUGCCCUGAAAAACCACGCUGAAGUGAAAGACGACUUCUGCUUGUUCCACCGAUACGCUAUCCUUGUUUUCGACGCGGGUGAGAACGCAGAUGCGCACCAUGAGCACUUCCGGACUAUCUGUCUUGCGCUGAAGGAGCUGGAUAUUGGAUUGGACGUUGCAGGUUGCAUAAACGAUGCGACGGAUUCUCUUGCAGCUGGAUUUCAGCUUGACAAGGUGAAUGACAAGUCAGCACUGGUUAUAGAUCUUAUCGAGCAGGAGGAGGACAGUGACGAGGAGGAAGAGAUGUUUGUUAUGUGA